CCUCCAACUACUUCCUGGUCGGCUUUCAUGCCCUCAAGAAAGAUGGCUCAGGCACUUCCCGUUUAGGAGCUGCAGCUCCCAGUUUUUUCUGCUUCAGCUGUAAGGCUGCAGCUGACAGACUUCCUACAAGGGAAAGCUGCAUGACAGAUGACCACAAACACUGGCAACCUGUUUACUCCUGGACACUGCCCAAAGAGUUACUCAAUCAUCAGUGAUCCAUUCACAGUGGGGUCAUGGAGGGAGAUGAAACCGCAUCGAGCCACCCCUCAGAGGACAGCAGCAUACUGGACCUUCCCUCUGCUUAUGAUAUAACAAGCUUCCUGCCAGAACACAGCACUGGGACCAGUGACGAGCCUUGUAGUUCUGUGGAUACUUUUGCUUCAUCAGCAUGCUUAGGUGCUAGUAGCCCAGAUCCUGAAGAAGCUCAGCAUACAGCUAGCAUGAGCGUUUGGCAUGCACACUGUGAGGAAGCAAAUCCUAGACAUCAUCCACCUGCAGAGCCAUUUCAACCUGCUGAACCUGGUGGGAUUCCAUUCUCUUGGACAUACGAGCAAGAGAGUACAGAAGACAUCAGCAUUAGAAAGUCUCUAGACAGCUUCUAUGAAACAUGUUGUCAGCAGCAGCCCAGCAGAGGGGAUCCCACAUACAAUGCAGCUUCAGAAUGGCUCUCUCUUAAAAUUCAGGACUUGGCAAACAAGGAAGGAGGAAAAUAUUCCUUGUGCAGUCUCUACAUGGCCCAGAUGGUUUUGAACAGAGAUGGAUGUAAGGUCUUUCCAAACCACUCCAGCAAAGCUUGUUUCCCAGGACCAGCUAAUGGAGAAGUUGCACUGGAAGAAGGAAAGCGAACACCGGGACUGUCAGACGAUGUCCUCCAAUUUCUCUUAAAACAGAAUGUGAUGAAAUCAUAGGGCCUGAUGUUUGGAGCUAAGGGAGGGGUGAGCAAGCUGUUUGUUUGGUUUUGCUGUGUCUUUUAGCAGAGGGCACCAUGUGGCAUUUAGCGCCUGCUCUGAGUAGAGACAGCUCUGCCUCAGGAAAGGUCAAUCCUUCCUUGAGCCUCCCACUUAAACUGCAAAACCACCCAUUACAUCUUCUCUCCUGCCCUUGGACUCCAGCAUGAAUUUCACAUAUGUAUUGAACUUCCUUCCCAGCAUCUCAGCAGUGACUCUGGUGCUUAGUGGACUUGUUCUCCAGUUCCAACUGUUGCUGUUAUCCUAAAGCUCACCCUGUGACCAUGCCCUUGUCCGAACCUGCCUUAAGGUCUCUCCAUACUCUGACCCUAGGGGGUACUUAUACAGAGCUAGAUCCUGCUACCUUCAUAUUCAGUGAAUCUUACUACUCAAGUAUCUCCCAUUUAUUUCCAUAGGGCUAUUCACGGAAUGUGAUGCUAUUCAAUGAGAGUUUGUCAGCGUGGCCUAUCAUGACAAGGCUCUCUACCACCACCGCCACCAUCUGGAUACCAAGCCCUUAUCUCUGCAUCAUCUAAGAUUGCCAGCAACCAAGGCUGCCUAACUUACCUGCACCCCCAGCACAGCUGAACAGUGUCCUCACACUGAGACCUAUCCCUUUUAUACUUUUGCCAAUACCCAUAAGUCCCAUUUACUGUAACAAACAGGAUAUGGAGUGCACAAGCCUAGGCAGAUAUCUUUACAAGGGGUGUAGGCUUGGAAUGAUUAGAUGUGUAUUGGCAGAUGUCAGUUUCACCAUGCACACACAACCCUGAUGAAAAAAUAUUUCCAUCAAUAACUGACAUUUAUAGAUAAGCAGCAAUUUUGUUUGCCUGAGAACUUAGUUUGCUCUGAUAUUUUGACAUGUGAUGCUGACAAUUUGUGUUUUAGUGAUUAUAAACGUUACGUUUUUUAA